CAUUCUCUUUGCGGACAUCGAGGGCUUCACCAGCCUGGCCUCGCAGUGCACGGCCCAGGAGCUGGUCAUGACGCUCAACGAGCUCUUCGCCCGCUUUGACAAGCUGGCGGCGGGGAGUGAGGGGGCCGGGAGGGAGAACCACUGCCUGCGCAUCAAGAUCCUGGGGGACUGCUACUACUGCGUGUCGGGGCUGCCCGAGGCGCGCGGGGACCACGCGCACUGCUGCGUGGAGAUGGGCGUCGACAUGAUCGAGGCCAUCUCGCUGGUGCGUGAGGUGACGGGGGUGAACGUGAACAUGCGC